AGAAAAGUAGCGGGUUUUCCGGUGCAAAGGACGAAGAAGCAAAAGCUGGUGCGGCGACACGUGGCGCAAGGAAAACCGUGAGAUUAGCAUGCGAGGGAUUUAGUUAGCGGUUGAUCAUUCCCAUUUGGAGAUGUGAAAACAACACACACACAGAUAGCUUAGCCAAACCAAAAGAGAAAGUUAGAGAGAGAGAGAAAGACAAGUUAGGGGAGAGACUUAAAUUUGGGGUUCAUUGCAGCUGUGCAGAGCAGUAGAGAGAGAAAGAAAAAGAGAAAGAGAAAGUGAGAGAGGCAUGGCGGCGUUGCAGAGAGAGAAACUUAAUUGUGGUGCUUCCUUAAAUAAAUGCCACAACUUAAAUUUAAGUCUCUCAUAAAAAAAAAAAAAAAAAAAAAAAAAAAAAACACCACACUAUAAUAGUUGGAGAGAGUGAGACUAGUUAGUAGUACAAGAAUUGGGGGGAGAUCUUAUCAAUUCUCAAACAAACAUGGAUUUAAGAUAAAGAGAUUUCUCUUUUUUGGGGGUGUUUUUUUUGCUUUAGAGAUUUUUCUUUACUCUCUUUUUGUUUUUGAGAGGUGUGUUUGGUAUUUGAUAUGGAUUUUCGUUCACAAUUGGGGUCAGUGGUGGAAGAAGAAGAAGAAAUAUGGCUGGGUUCUUCUCUCUAGGAUCAUCUUCCACGUCAGCAGCACCGGCUUCAGCUGCAGCCGCCGCCGCAGCUCAAGAAGAAGAAGACGACAACAACAACAACAACAACAACAGCAACAACAACAACAUUCAAGCUCAUCCGGAAACAUUUUUCUGGUACAACGUUAAACCACACAACAACAAUAAUGAUCAUCAGACAAAUAAUAAUAGCACAAGCACAACUUUUGAGCUUUGGCAACAAGAACAACAAGCAGCUUUACUCCAUCUCCAAACGAUUCCCACUCGGCCCCACCACCACCACCACAGCCACCAUCACCACCAAGAUCUUUACUCUUCCGCCGCGGCUCUAGGUGUGGGGCCUAGCAGUUACAGAAGCCUUGGCGCUGGUGCUGCUGCUGGUGGUGGUGGUUCGAUUACCGUUGAUUCUUCUGAUGAGCAGCAUCAUGAAUCAACAUCAGCGGCCAGAUUCAUGAUGAUGAGAUCUUCUAAUUCUUCGGGAGGCGUUGGUGGCGGUAGUGGUGGAUUAUUGGGUAGUAGUAGUGGUGGAGUGAGCUGUCAAGAUUGUGGUAACCAAGCUAAGAAAGAUUGUGUUCAUAUGAGGUGUAGAACUUGUUGUAAAAGCCGUGGUUAUGACUGUCAAACUCAUGUGAAGAGUACUUGGGUCCCAGCUUCUAAACGCCGUGAAAGACAGCAACAUCAGCAACAACUCUCUUCACUUCAAGAACAACAGCCUAAACGACUCAGAGAUAGUAAUAAUAAUGCCUUGAUCAUUUCAUCCAAUUCUUCUCGAUUACAAACCACCCAUUCAGGAGGGUUAGAAGUUGGGAAUUUUCCAUCGGAAGUGAAUUCGCAAGCGGUAUUUCGAUGCGUUAAAGUGAGUUCAAUGGAAGAUAAUGAUGAUCAGUAUGCAUAUCAAACGGCUGUUAAUAUAGGAGGACACGUGUUCAAGGGAAUUCUGUACGAUCAUGGACUUGAAACGAAUUACAACAAUAUGGUUGGAGAAACUUCAUCGGGCGGUGGUGGAGGGAAUAAUCAAUCAGUUCAGCCGUUGGAUCUUAUAACCGUUGCUGCAACUGCCACAACUGCCGAAGCUUCUCCUUCAGUUGGAGCUUUUGAUCCUUCUUCUCUAUACCAACAACAACAACAACAACAACAACAACCUUUAAAUACUUACAUAGCUGGUACGCAAUUCUUCCUACCUCCAAGAUCUUGAUCUUUUAAUCAUCAUCAUCAUCAUAAUCAUUUAAUGGUGAUGAUAUUGAUGAUUAUGUAUGAUCAUAAUUCUCUUCAUCUUAUUAAUUAGCCCUAGCUAUAAAUAUAUAUAGCUACUCAUUCUUGUUAUCUUUCUUCCUCUUAUUAUUAUAAUUAUUAUUACUAUUAUAUAAAGUUCAUUUUGAUUAAUGUAGUCCUACUGAAACAUUUGACAAAUUUAAGCAAAAGUAUAUGAUGAUGAGAGAAGAGUUAAUUAAUUACUAGUUUUAAUUUAGUUCUAGCUAGGAUAUAUAUACAUUUAUAUAUGUAUAUGAAUCAUGAUCAUGAUUAUUAUUAAGAAGAGUACUAAUGAUAUAUAUAUCACAUGAUAAUCUUUUGUUUUAAUU